AUGGCUGGAGGCUCAGCUCUGACUCCAACCUCUGUAGGAUCAAAGUCACUUCCAUUGAGGAACCAUGAAGCAGCAGAGAGAGGCAAUAACAACAGCAGCAGCAACAACAAAACUGAAAGCGUUUCAUCAAUCGAACGAGAGAUGGUUAAGAGGCCACGAGGCAGACCAGCUGGCUCCAAGAACAAACUCAAGACACACAAUUACUGUGACUCACGACAGUCCAAACUCCCUCAGAGCACAGUGUCGUUCAAAUCAGCUCCGGUUUGA